CCUUCCCUUGAUUUGAAGUUGUGCCUUGUCUUAGGCCAUUGUCUCACGACACACGUCACAAUCACCUGGAAGACUCAUUAGAUCACCAGUCACUGGGUCUUGCCUCAGGGUUUGUGGUUCAGUAGGUCUGGGGUGAGACCAGGAAUUAAAACAUUGUAACGAGUUUCCAGGUACUGCUGGUGCUGCUUGUCUGGGGGCCGAACUUUGAGAACCACUCUCCUGGGACAUGUUUUGCAGAGUGGUCUGAGGCUUCUUUGCUGUGACCUGCACCUCCACACUUGGAGCCGGUGGUGCUUGUUAAAAUGCAGGUUCCCAGGCCCCAACCUAUUGAUUCCAUCUGGUGGGGUGGGAGAGAUGCAGAAAUGGUCAGGAGUCCGCAUUUUCACACUGAAGUUUGUGAACGACAAUUUCUGGGUGGGAUACAGGAAGUUUUGUUAUUUUAUCUGUCCACGGCCUUAAUUUUUGUUAGCGUGAUCUAAUUUACUUCCCAGCCAGGGCUCUGCAUGGUCUAUCCGAACUCGACUAGCACUUGCAGCCUUUGUCCACCAGGCACACCGGUGGCCAACUGCACUGGUUCGGAUUCAUUACACCACCUCAGCAGCCGUCCCUGGGGGUAGACCUACACAGCCAUGAUUUUUCAGUGCUGAUUACAGUACAGCUAAGACUAUGUAAAACAAAAAACAGUCCCAGAUGGUGUCUAAACCCCCAAGGAGCUCACGAUCUAAUGGGGAAGCCGACAAUGGCUAGAGAACACGACAGGGCAUAAAUCAGAUGCUCAAUUGUGACUUGUUAGGGUACACAGAAGGAUUCAGAAGGGGGAAAGUUUCUUGUGAGUAGCUAUCCAGAAAGGCAGGAUUGCUGCUCCAACUUGAAAGAUGGUUAGGACCUCAGAUGACCCUGAACUCCAAGAGCUGCCCCGGGCAGACGGAACGGUGGGAGUGAACGUGAGCUGAGAAGCUGCGGCCGAGCCCUUGGCGGCGAGGCUGGAGUCAGGCUUGGACUCCCACCCUGAGGGGCCUGGCUUUGUUGUUUUUUCUGCUCUGGGUAUCCAGAGAUGGGUAAGGGGGAGAAUAGCCUCGAGAAUAAGCUGCUGGGACGAUGGGAACAGAGAUGAGCGCUCCUGCUCCUUCAGCCAAGGGAGAUCCUGGGUAUGUUCGUCAGAUUCCCCUUCAAGUCCCGCAGGGUCUUACUUGAGGUGUGAAGAAAGGCUUCAGAACUGGGAGAAUCAAAGGCUAUUCGGCUUACCUGUUCGCACCCCCCUCAAAAAGCCAAUUUCAAAAACUUCAAGAAUGCUUAAAAAUGCUUAAAAAGCUCACUAGGCCUUUCUACAAAGGCCUAAAAUUAGCAGCACUUUCUUUUGGAUUAAGAAUUCCCUCCUGGUCCUCUUGAACCUUGGCGCGCAAGCUGUAGCCGGCUGUUGGGAAGCGGAUGAAGAGGUGAGAUUAGUGAGGUGUUGGCUGCUCAGGCUGGCUUCCACCCACUGACAGGUGAUGCUGGUCUUCACGACACUCCCCCACCUCUUCCUGACUGGGAAAACCCUCUCCCCCCCACCCCCCGCCCAUACUUCUCACAUUGCUCCAGGUUUCUUUAAUCACAUAGCACUUAAGAACCUGAAAUAUCAUUCACACGUAGGUGCAAAGUGAGAACUAUUCCAUUGAACAGCUGCCUCUUCCCUUUGCAGUAAACUUGCACGGGGAGCCCGCCUCACCUGCUUUCAUGGAAAGCAUCCAGCGUCCCUCUGCUCUGGCUCCUCCAGUCUGCCCAAAACCCUCCCCGGCGGGCCCUCCCAGCCCGUGGUUUCCCGCUGCCUGCAUCUGGUCUAGGCUCGGGUUCUGCUCCACUUCUGCCAUCCGUCCCAGCCUCAUGUACUCAGCACGCAUUGAUUCCACUCUGCUUUUCCCACGGAUUGUCCUUCUGUCAUUCUCCCCAGUUAAACUGUACCCCUCCUACAAGGCCAGCGUCACAUCCCCUUUCCUUCCAUGAAGCUAUCUCUGGCUACCGUAGCCCUCACUCGUUUUUCUUUUUUAAGAUUUUAUUGUACUUAUUUGAGAGAGAAUGAGCAGUGGGGAGGGGCAGAGGGAGAGAGAGAAGCAGACUCCCCGCUGAGCAGGGAACCCGAAGCAGGGCUGGAUCCCAGAUCCCAGGACCCGGGGAUCAUGACGGCAGCUGAAGGCAGACACUUAACCGACAGAGCCACACAGGCGCCUCAGCCCUCAUUAGUUUUUCUUUUCUGAACUCUCUUCGCUAUCCCCCCUCUUUAGUCCUUCUACUCUUGUCUUUCGUGUGGGCCGGUCUGGCCUCUUCAGCUGUAUUGUAGGGCUCUGGGGGUGCGGGGCGGGGGGUGGGGGGUGCUGUGUUCUUCCUGACACUUCCCUGCAUUUCAAGUCAUGCUGAGCACAGUGGGUGCAGAGCGAUCUCAUGGCGUGGUCUGGUGCUGUGUGAACUCUCACAGGUGCCGGCCCCCAGCCCCACCUGGUGGGCAGCUGACUCCAUAAAAGCACCCCGAGGAGCAGGAGGCGGCUGUUAGGAGCGGGAGGAUGAGCGCGGAGCACGGACGGCAGCAGCAGCCUGGGGGCCGAAGGGGCCGUAGUUCCGGCGAUAAGAAGUCCAGAAAGCGCAGCCGGCGCAAGGAAACCUACUCAAUGUAUAUCUACAAGGUGCUAAAGCAGGUGCACCCAGACAUCGGCAUCUCUUCCAAGGCCAUGAGCAUCAUGAACUCAUUUGUGAAUGAUGUGUUCGAACGGCUGGCUGGCGAGGCUGCCCGGCUGGCCCAGUACUCAGGCCGAACCACACUGACAUCCCGGGAAGUCCAGACGGCGGUGCGUCUGCUGCUGCCCGGGGAGCUGGCCAAGCACGCUGUGUCCGAGGGCACCAAGGCCGUCACCAAGUACACCAGCUCCAAGUGACCCGGGGCUGAGCGUUAAUAAAGAGUGAACUGCU